CGUCACUUCCGCUCGCCGUCUUGGUCAAAACCAGUGUAUCGAAUCGUCGCCGGACAGUGAAGGUUACCUGCUUCAACAGUGCUUGAACGGCAACCUUUCUGCUGUCUAGAAACACCGCCGGACGGAACUAUUUUAACAUUUGCUACUCCACCAUCAUCGACAACACAUCACCUUAGGCACCAAGCAGUGUUUUUGCUGUCGUAGCUUGUCACCGACACAACGUUAGCUUGCUAGCUAGUCCUUUUGACAACAAUACACGCCAGUUGCGUAAGACGCUAAGGUGUUUUUCGACCAGCUCCUCGACCUCUGGACAAGAAGACUUGCCGCUGAUAUUUUGAACCAUGACUUCCCAGGUGAGACAGAACUUCCACCAGGACUGCGAGGCUGCAAUCAACAGGCAGAUCAACCUGGAGCUGUACGCCUCCUACGUCUAUCUGUCCAUGGCUUACUACUUUGAACGGGAUGACCAGGCGUUGCCCAACUUUGCAAAGUUCUUCCAUAACCAGUCACACGAGGAGCGCGAGCACGCUGAGAAACUAAUGAAACUACAGAACCAGAGGGGCGGAAGGAUCUUCCUACAAGACAUCAGGAAACCUGAGAGAGAUGAGUGGGGCAGCGGUAUCGAGGCUCUCGAGUGUGCCCUGCAGCUUGAAAAGAGUGUCAACCAGUCGCUGCUGGACAUGCACAAGGUUGCUUCCGAACACAAUGACCCACAUAUGUGUGACUUCAUCGAGACACACUACCUGGACGAGCAGGUGAAGUCCAUCAAAGAACUGGCAGACUGGGUGACCAACCUGCGCCGCAUGGGUGCUCCCCAGAAUGGCAUGGCCGAGUAUCUGUUCGACAAACACACUUUGGGCAAGGAGAGUAGCUAGAGUAUGUCUCCAAAUUAUGCUAAAUGCUAAAUUAUGCUAUAUAUUUGUGUCAAAAUCUUGCUUCUUAUUUCAUCUUAAAGAAAAAAAUGGCUAUCUGCUUGGUACUGGCAAGUCAUUCAGAUCAAUCAUAAUCACCUCCUUUUCUAGUUAAAGGGAUUGCUACUAUUGCCAGUGUCUCCUAGCUUUCAUAUACCUUAACACCAGUUAUUAUACAAGUCACUAUGCCCUGAGCUGUGACCAAUUUGCAUUCUUGCAUUGCAAGUCCAUUGUUUCACUUACUCUGUCACCUGUGUCCCUGUUGGUACUAUUUCCAUGUUUUAUGCCAGGUGUUGUCAAAAUAAAUCAAACCCUCUGGAGUCUGA